AUGUUUCUUGAGGUAUCGGCGUCUUAUAGAGUGAGUGGUCUUUACCGAGGGGUCUGGUACCAGCCGGUAGAGCACUACGCCCUGCUAGGCCGGUCCUUCAUGAAUAUCUCGGGCAUCUCUGCCGUCAGAUGUUCAGUUCGGUGUCUCAGUCAUCAUGAAUGUUUUUCUUUCAACUACGAUCACACCAAUCAAGUCUGUCAGAUGAACAACGCCAGUGCUGAGCACGUCUGUGAAAACCUUCAAGGAAUGCUGAAUGUGUCGCACUACGAUGCAACUGCAAAACCAAUGUCUUGUCAGAAUAAUGCGUCUAGCAAUGUAAAGAGCGCCCCUUUGAAGGCAUGUUGGGGUUUUGAGAAACUCGGUCUUGAAGAUGGUUCAAUCCCUGAUGAGAGCCUCUCCGCAUCAAGUAACUGGGAGCUAAAUUUCUUCAGCAUAGCGGCGGGUGGCCGUCUCAACAAGAUACCGACUGGUAGUUACAUAGGAGCAUGGUGCCCCAGUGUAGCGGAUACCAACCAGUGGAUACAGGUGGAUUUAGGCAACCCGACCUACGUCACUGGGGUACUCACACAGGGGCGUUAUGGUAAAUUUGCCCAGUGGGUGACAACGUACAAAGUGCAGUUCGAACCGCCCUCACCGGCAGGUCUUGUUGACGUGAAAGACAAACUUUGUCAAACUCAGAUAUUCAAUGGCAACACCGAUAAAAACAGCAUCGUGGAGGGGCGCUUCUUCAAGCCCGUCUUGGCGGUCAAGAUUCGCAUCGUGCCCGUUAAGUGUGUGAGUGGUCUUUACCGAGGUGUCUGGUACCAGCCGGUAGAGCACAACGCCCUGCUAGGCCGGUCCUUCAUGAAUAUCUCGGGUAUUUCUGCCGUCAGAUGUUCAGUUCGGUGUCUCAGCCAUCACGGAUGUUUCUCUUUCAACUACGAUCACAUCGAUCAAGUCUGUCAGAUGAACAACGCCAGUGCUGAGCACGUCAGCUGUGACAACUUUCAAGGAAUGCCGUAUUUUUCGUACUACGACGCAACUGCAAAACCAAAGACUUGUCAGAUUAAUUCUGUUUCUGGCAAUGGAAAGUGCGCUCCCUUGCAGGCCGGUUUUGUUUCUGAGAAACUCGGUCUUGAAGAUGGUUCGAUUCCCGAUGAGAGCCUCUCCGCAUCAAGUAACUGGAAUGACGGGUAUUAUGUCAGCACGCCGGCUGCUGGCCGUCUUAAUAAGAUACCGCCUGACGAUAAAACCAUAGGGGCGUGGCAUGCUAGGGUAAAAGAUACCAACCAGUGGAUACAGGUGGAUUUAGGCAACCCGACCUACGUCACUGGGGUACUCACACAGGGGCGUUAUGGUGGAUAUCCGACUUUGGUGACAGAGUACAAAGUGCAGUUUGAACCGCCCUCACCGGCUUGUCUUGUUUACGUGAAAGACCAAUUUGGUCAAACUCAGAUAUUCAAUGGCAACACCGAUCAGAACAGCAUCGUGGAGAGGCGCUUCUUCGAGCCCGUCUUGGCGGUCAAGAUUCGCAUCGUGCCCGUUGCAUGGAAUAAUGCCAUCGCUCUGCGUUUUGAGCUGAUUGGCUGUAAUUAA